UGCUGAAUGGAUCCUGAAGCCAGCCGGCUGCCAGCCCAGGUCCUGGGAGAGAACGAGGCACUGCAGCAGUUCUUCAAUGGUCAGGAUGUGAGCGGUGUGUUGGACAGCUCUGUCGCGGUUGACACGAGCAUGCUGGAGCAGUACCUCAGCAACGAUGUGGACCCCAUCAGCUUCAUGCUGCCCGAGUCUCCUCCUGAUUCGGGCUCAGAGGCCUGGUCACCUGCACAGAUUCCAGGGAACCUCCGCUACAUGUCAUCCUAUUGGUCCAACCAGCCAACCACGCAGGAGGCAUUUCAACCCACAAAUGCAUCUGCUGCUUCCUCCUCCUGUCACUUUAAGGGUCGACGGCCUGCCCCCUCCAACCCCAGCGAGCUGACUCAUGAUCAGCUUUGUACUUUGGGACUCACAAACACUUAUAUCAAGUCUGGGAGUCCACCUGCCCCUCCUGCUCCACCUGGACCACCUGGACCACCUGCUCCUCUGCAGCAGCACCACACACAUAACUCACCUGGACAAUCACGCUAUCUAAGUUCAGAGAAAUACUCGCAAUCUUACACCCCACCCACACCUCCUUCUCCACCUUUACCACCUUCAAACACCUACACCACAGCCUGCACUGGACCAGGCUUGCUCCCAAAUCUAACCACACCCUCUCCAACCCAUAUGCUGGGCUCUGCCUCCACACUACAAACCUGCACCUUAGAGAGGAAAAAAAGGAGGAGAUCAGAGUCUGAGGAACCAUCUGCAGGAGUUGGCACCUCCUGCUCUGAUGGUGAAGGAACUCAUGGUGGUGUGGGGAGCACUGCAAGUGUUGGUGGAAUGGGUGUGGGAUCCUAUCAACUACUAUCUUGGGAACAGUACAGGCCAGAACAGUGGAGCACUUUGCAUGACAGCAACUACCAGACACUGUCUCCUCCUGCCUACCACGUUGAUACAGAUAAAGGCUUCAACUACUCCACAGCUGACGAGUCCUUUGUUUGCCAAAAGAAGAACCACUUUCAGGUCACUGUUCACAUUGGUGUGGAUGCAGAGCCACAGUACAUCAAAACGGCCAGUGGGCCACAGGAAAUUGACUUUUUCCAGAUAAAAGUGUACGGGGUUAAGCUGGAAACUCCAAGUCACCUUGUGACCAUUGAACAAUCUCAACCUGACCGCAGCAAAAAACCCUUUCAUCCAGUCAGGGUCAGUCUACCCAGUGGCAAAAUAACCAGAGUAACACUUGGCCGACUGCACUUCAGCGAGACGACGGCCAACAACAUGCGUAAAAAAGGCAAACCAAACCCUGACCAGAGGUAUUUUCAGAUGGUGGUUGGUCUGUAUGCUGUAGUCAAAGAUGAGAGUUUUCCCCUGACAGCUUUAGUGUCGGAGAAGAUUAUUGUCAGGGCAUCUAACCCUGGUCAGUUUGAGACGGAUGGGGACACAAUGUGGCAGCGCGGAGUGGUGCAGGAAGAUUUGGUGUGUCAGGGUCGGGUGGGCAUCAACACCGACUCCCCUGAUGAGGCACUGGUUGUCUGUGGUAACGCCAAAGUGAUGGGCACCAUCAUGCAGCCAUCUGACUGUCGCGCUAAGGAGAACAUACAGCAGGUCGACUCUGAGCAGCAGCUGAAGAGAAUUAAUCAGAUGAAGAUAGUCGAGUUUGAUUAUAAACCAGAGUUUGCUUCCAAAAUGGGAAUAGACCACACCCACCAGACAGGUAUUAUAGCUCAGGAGGUGAAAGAGCUGCUGCCGUCUGCAGUGAAAGACGUUGGAGAUGUCAUCUGUUCUGAUGGAGAGAAAAUUAAUAACUUCCUCAUGGUGGACAAGGAGCAGAUCUUCAUGGAAAAUGUGGGCGCAGUGCAGCAGCUGUCAAAGCUCACUGACAACCUGGAAACUCGUAUCAACGAACUUGAGGUCUGGAACCGUCGACUGGCAAAGCUGAAGAGUCUGACGGGUAGCCUACGAUCCACUGGGAGACCUCAGAAACACAGCAGCAUGUCGACAACAUCAAUACCUGAUGCAUGUAAGACUGAAAAAGUGCAAAGGGAGGAGAAAAGUCACAAAUACAGACGGUGCCUGCGGCAUAAAGUCUUCCAGAUAAGCGUCUUUGCUCUGCUGGCCACUAUGGCUUGCUGUGUCAUCUCUAUCACCACUCUAUACCUAGUUAAUGUGAAGGAGGAAGAUUUUGGAACCAUUCCUGGAAACAGGUCAUCUCCAUCGUUUGGUGGCUAUCGCGGAGCUUCCACAGAUUCAAUAACAUUAGCAAGUGGUGGAAGCCAGGAGGUGGAUGAAGGAAAAGGGAGGCAAGAGGAGAGACCCGAAGCGGCCGCUGGUCCGAGAGUGUCAGGUGAACUGAACUUCAGUAAUACCACUGAGACUCCUCUGCAAACCUCAUCAUGGACCAGCACAGUCCUGCCAACUGGUACUCCUGGCCUCUGGCCCCCUGCUGUGGACUUCUGUGAUCUGCUAUACUGUGAUAAGGUGUACUGCUGCCCUUCAUCAACAGAGGGCACCACUAACUCAAACAUCAACAUCUCCAAAUCAACAGAAAUACCUGUUAUGAAAGGUAAAGUUAUUUCACUCUCUAAAAAAAACAUUGAAGAUUUUUAUGGACAGCUGAAAAGUGCUGGAGACUGGACGAACACCACUAUCCAUUCUAUCAAGAUCAAAGAAAGCCAGCUGGUGAUUGACAGAAAAUACUGCCUAAGAGACGAAUGUGGCCCCAGUCGAUACAUCUUCAGAGUUCCUGUCAGUGAGUUUGUUCCUGUCAACAUGAAAGUAACCCUGCUCAUGAACUCUACAGAGGAGUUGGUAGUCCAUCUGUGCAAUUUUGAUGAGUCCACGGUCUGUUCUGCUCAGCUGGAUAUCAGCACUGUGUCUGACAGCAGAUACCCAUCAAAUACACAGGGGGAACAUGAAUGGCCUCUUCAUGUGGCUCGCCUUUAUCAAAGCUGGUAUCACUUCCGCUCAACAGUGGCUGGUCAAGCAGACUGCAGUACCAACUAUCAAUACGCGGGGGCGCUCUUCACAGACUACCACUUCUACUUCUACAGACACUGCACGGAAUUUUAGAAACACAAUUACAGACAAAUUACAAAAACAUGUUUAUGGAAUAUUUGCUUUAUUUCUGCAAAGAUGACAAUUAGAGAAAUCCAAGCA